AUGCUUGAAGGAAAAUUUGAUGAAGCCUCGCUUUUAAAGAAAAUUGUUGACUCUAUCAAGGAUAGUGUCAAGUUGUGUAACUUCAAUUGUACUGAACAUGGUAUUACUGUUCAAGCCGUUGAUGAUUCUCGUGUUUUGUUGGUGAGUUUGCUUGUUGGACAAUCUGCAUUCAGUGAAUACCGUUGUGACAGAGACAUCACUCUUGGAAUUGAUUUGGAAUCAUUCUCCAAGAUCAUCAAGUGUGGUAACAAUGAAGAUUACUUAACCUUGUUGGCUGAAGACUCUCCAGACAAUGUCAUGACCAUUUUCGAAGAUAAGAAGAAGGAAAGAGUCAGUGAAUACUCUUUGAAGUUGAUGGAUAUCGACUCCGAGUUCCUUAAGAUUGAUGACAUGGACUAUGAUACCGUUAUAAAUAUGCCAAGUGCUGAGUUUGCCAAGAUUGUUCGUGAUCUUAAGAACUUGAGUGAAUCUUUAACCAUCAUUGUCACCAAGGACUCUGUUAAGUUUACAUCUGAAGGUGAAUCUGGAACUGGUUCCGUUGUCUUGAAGCCUUUCACUGACAUGGACAAGCCAGAAGAAAGUGUCAAGGUUGCUUUGUCUAUGCCAGUCAACUUGACUUUUGGUUUGAAAUAUUUGGGUGAUAUCAUUAAGGCCACUGGCUUGUCUGGUGUUAUUACCAUCAAAUUGGCUGACAAGACCCCAGCCUUGUUUGAAUACAAGUUGGAUGCUGGUGGUUACUUGAGAUUCUACCUUGCUCCAAAGUUCGAUGAAGAUGAUUAA